AUGGCGCCCAAGACGGCGAGCAUGAGCGGAGGAGACUCCGAGCGCGCGGGGUGGGGCAGCCGCGGGCCGGUGGCGACCCUCGUGAACGAGCUCAUCGACGUGCUCCGGCCCACGGAACAAUCCGACAGACGCAGACGAGGAGUCUUCAGGCACAUCGCCUCGCUCGUCGACGGAUGCUUCGCCGGGGAGAACGUGCUGGUCACGGCGUUCGGGUCCGUGCCGUUGCGGACGUACCUGCCCGACGGCGACAUCGACGUGUGCCUCCUGGGACCCCACGAGCUCCUCUCCAGGGACGACUGGACCGUGCGACUGCGAGCGCACGUCGAGCGAGCGGAGGCUGCCGCCGCGGAGGCGAGCAUAGAGCUGGGUUCGCCGGUGGCCGAGUUCGCGGUGUCCGAGAUUCACAUCAUACACGCGGAGGUGAAGCUGAUGAAGCUGAUUUGCGACGGCGUGGUGGUCGACGUGAGCGCGAACCAGUUUGGGGGUUUAGCCGCGUUGGGUUUUUUGGAGGAGGUGAACGCGUUCAUCGGGAAGGGCGAGAUCUUCAAGCGGUCCAUCGUGCUGAUCAAGGCGUGGGGUUUCUACGAGGGAAGGCUGCUCGGCGCGCACCACGCGCUGAUCAGCACGUACGCGCUGGAGACGCUCGUGCUGUACAUCCUCAACAGGUUUCAUAAGGAGCUCUCCACGCCGCUGGAGGUGCUGCACAAGUUUCUGGUGUUCUUCGCCGACUUUGACUGGGACAAGUUCGCGGUCAGCGUCCACGGGCCCGUGCCCCUGGAGGAUCUUCACAAGGUGACCGGUCCGAUCGGUAAACGACCGGAGGUUCACGCGGAGGGUGCGCUGCUCACCCCCGAUUUCAUGUGGCGGAUGAUGGACAAAUACGGCAACGAAUCCGUGAGCGCCAAGUUGGGCGGCGGCGCCGACUCGACCCCGAGGCCAAUGGCGCGUAAGUACCUCAACGUCGUGGAUCCGCUGCUCUCCAGCAACAAUCUCGGCCGGAGCGUGAGCCAGGGUAACGCCAAGCGCAUACGCAAGGCUCUGGCGCUCGGAGCGCAGAGGCUCACCGCGCUGAGGGAGUCGAGCACCGGCGGCGAAUGCUUCGGCGCCGUUCGCAUGCUCGAGCAGUUCUUCGGCAACACCAUGCGUCACAGGCGCCUCGGGCCCAUGCCCCACCUGCCGAUGGCGCCGAGUACCCCGGGCUUCGCGGGCAGGAACCACGCGGACGAGGUGAGCAUGACGCCCGCGAGGUGCCCGAGGACGGGUGCGGUUUCCGUGCUCGCGUCGCCGUCGUCGCCGAGCCAGUACCAGUCGCCGCUGCCCCGGUCCGUCGACGGACAGCCGCCGGGGUCCGCGAGCUCGAGGAUGGCGACCAAGGGGACCGAGGCGCCCGCCGCGAGAACGCGGAGGAAGACCCCGGUCGCCGCCGGCGAGGACGGUGGGGAGGAGGAUGAUGGGGCGGAGGGUGGCGUCGACGGCUCCGUGCCCAGGCGGCUGGAGAUGGGAUCGCCCGAGAAGCGCGGCGGCGGCGGCGGCGGCGGGUCGGACGACGCCGCCGAUGACCACUGGCCGCACCUCGAGCGCGGUGGCACCCGAUGCCCCGUGCUCCAGCGCGCGGAGAACGCGGCGCGCGCGGAGAAGGCUGAGCGCGAUCUCCACGGGGAGGAACGCGGGCCCUUUUGGGGCCGUUGGGAUCCCCUCCCGGCGUCGGAGGCUAUCGCCCAACACGCCAGGGCUUUCGCGUCCGAGGGGUUCCCCGCGCUCGAUGGGCGCGAGGGGACGAAGAGUACCCGGUGCCCCGUGCUCGCGGCGGCUGCGCGGGAGGAGGAGGAGGUGGUCGCGUCCGCCAUACCGUCGGGGUGCCCCUUCCACGCGGCGGCGGCUCGACGGCGGGACUCGGAGGCGGCUCGAUCGGACGGUUCCUCCGACGAGUCGUCGAAGGAGGCCAAGAGCGCGUCGCCCACCGGUCCGUUAUCCGACGGCGACGGUGAAGGCGGCAAGGGCGACGUAUCGAGGGUCCAAGGGUCGGAAAAAGCUCCGGCGGCUCCCGCGGCGCCCCCGCCCCCGCCCGGUCCGCCGCCACCCGGCCAGCGGACCUCGAUGGACGGCGCCCGGGCGCGGAUGCGCCGCGAGAUGAGCUGCCCGACGUUCUUCCCGGAGCACGAGCGGCGCGUCCCGCCGCCGCCGCCGCCCGCGCCGCCGGUUAAGCCCGGGCCGGCGGUGCUCCCCGCCGGGUCCGGGUCUGGCGGCGUCUCGGACGUCUUCACCGGCGACCUCGAGGCCAUAUGGAGCCACCUCCAGUUCGGCCGGGCGUACCAUCACCUCGCCAUCGUGCAAAUGCGAGCGUUCGAGGCUAUGGGCGGCGACCCUCGCGCGUUGCAGCAGCACAGGUUUGGCGGGUUCAACAACGGCGGCGGCGGCGGCCGCAGGGGCGCGGGUGGCGCGGCGGCUUUCAACAGGCGCAACAGCCGGGACGGCGGCGGUCGGGGCGGCCACGCGAGGAGCGGCAGCUGGGGCGCGCCCGGCGGCGGCGGCGGCAAGCCCGGCCAACCCCCGCCGCCUCCAGGCGCGCCGACGCUCGAGCAGUACGGGCAGCGCAGGCCCGCGAGGCAGAGCAGGCAGAGCUGCGUGAGCGAGGGGUCCGACGAGAGCUCCGAGGAUGCCUCCAGGAAGCCGGGCGCGGUGCACCACCACCAGCAGCAGCAGCAGCAACAACAGGGGAGGCGCAGUCGCGACGGGCGGGGCGGUCGCGGCGGCGGCGGCGGAAAAAGCGGCGGCGGGUCGUCCAUCGUCGAGGAGGCCCCCGCCGGCAACUGGAGCAAGGCGGUGUCGUCGAAGACGUCGGCGGCGGAGAAGGCGCCCGGGAAAGUCGGCGACAGGGACAGGAACGCGGACGCGGAUCCGCCGCCGCUCCCGCCCGGCCCGCCGCCUCCCGGGACGCGAACCUCGAUGGACGGAUCCGGGCCUUUCGCCUCGCCGCCGCCGCCGCCGCCGGAGCAACCGAGGCCGUCGUGGGGACCCAAGAAGACGGCGCCGAUCGACGCCAUCCGCGCGCCUCCGACGCCCCCGCCGGUACCCGCGGAGGACCCGGCGUCCCCGCCGAGGGAGGCGACGCGGUCGCGGCAGCAGCGACCGCCGACCGCGGCUGAGGGACGGGCGGCGGCGGCGAAGGGUCGGCUCGGCGUCGCGCCCAAGGGUUCGUGGUCGUCCCUCGUCGCCGCGGGCGGUGCAUCCGGCUCAUCCGGACCCGCGGAGGGAGGCUUCGCGGAGCGUCGAACGGAAAUCCGCGUCGUCGGACGGGAAUCCGCGUCGGCGCCGCCGUCGCCGGCUCGUCCGCUCGCGGGCGCGUGGGCCAAGGGUAAUGGCAAGGACGUGCUCGCGGCGGCGGCGGAGGCUUCCAGGGCGGCGGCGGCGGCGGCGGAGGCUUCCAAGGUGGCCGCGGCGGCUGCCGCGAUCACGGUGGCGGAGCUUGGCGGUCGGGAUGCCGCCGCGGGUGGUCAAGGCGCGCAAGUCGCUCAGGGUCGAUCUCGCGCGUCGUCGUCGUCGGGUGAUUCCAACUCGGGCGAAAAGGAAAACUCGGCGGAACGAAAGGCGGAUUCGACCGCGCCCGCGAGGGACGGCGACGACGACGAGAGCUACACGCACAAGGUUGAGGAGUUUCCCACGCUGGGUGGCGUCGGGGAUGGCGGCGGCGGCGGCGGCGGCGGCGGCGAGAAGGCUGCGGUUGGCGUCGCGUGGGGUUCCGGCGAGAACCCGUGGUCAAACCGCGGCGGGUCGACGAGGCUACAGACGGGAGGACAGCCCGCGACGUGA